CAGGAGUGCUGGGCCGGGGGUCUCCUGCGGGAGACACGUGGGGCGGGGAAACGGCUCCCCUCGCAAAAACCCCGAGGCCCUGCGCACCGUGCCGCGCCCCGGCCCGCACCAACUGCGCGGCUGCUGGGCCCGAGAAGCAAAGAGAAAUAGCAUUAACUCGCCUCCCCCUGAAAAUCCGCACAUAGUACGCUCCCAUGCGCCUGCGCAUCAGGUCCUCCCGGUGCCUGGGAUUACCUACCCGCCGCGCGCAUGCGCCCACAUGCAAGAGGAAUUCCCAGUUUAGGCGCAUGCGUGGGGAGGCGGCGCGCGCAUGCGUGAACGAGGCCGGCCCCCCCCGUCCCCGCGGCCCCACUGCGCCUGCGCAGCUCGGGCUCCUGCGGCCGGACGGGACCGGGUCCCCCCGACAGGCCCGGAGCAGCCGCCCUACGGCAUUGUGGGAUACUCACAGCACUCUGCCCUCUCAGGUGGUGAGGCACCAGGGAUGAUGUCGGAGGCCCACAGGCACGGGGAUGUGGCAGGGAGCGAGGACGCCAGCUUCGAGGAAGAGGACGGGACUUCAACGGGCAUCUCCACGAUGCAGGAGGAUGAUGAGUCUGAAGCCACGUCUGUGUCUUCAGGAGAAAGCAGCCCCCCAACACCCUCGGCUAACGGGUACCCAGGUCCGCGGAGCAAGGUGGCAGGCGAGGCGCCCACAGACAUGGGCGCAGAUGCAGGCGAGGAGCGGCUGGGCGCCCCCAGCCCCGAAUGGCAUGAGUGCCCUGAGUGUGGCCGUGGCUUCGGCACCUCACGGGCCCUGAAGGUGCAUCGCAGCUACCACGUGGGGCGCAAGCGGCCGCACGGCACCGCCCCCUCACCGAAGCCCCCUGGUGUGGCACGGCCGGCACCCCCUCUUCCCUCGCUCAGUGAUGCCGACACCCGCCCAGCCCCGCGCCCUGGCGCCUUCCACUACAUCUGCGCCGAGUGUGGCCUGGGCUUUGCCUCCCCGGCGUCGCUUGAGGCCCACCGCUGUGAGCACGGCUGGCGCCGCAGCCCUCCUGCCCCACCCCUGCCCCCCUCCCUGGCUCCCCGCAGCGCCAAGGCCCCCCCACCACCACUGCCCCCCCGCCAGGCGAACGGGGCCCCCCCGCCCCCACCCCCGCCCCCGGAGCCUGAGGGGGCUGAUGGACCAUACCAGUGCACCGAGUGCCCAGGAGAGUUUGGCCUGGUCUCCGACCUGCACGAGCACUACAUGCUGCACGCCCGUGGAGAGCUGUAGCCCUGUCUCCUGCUGCUGGCACUUCCCUUUCCAUUGAACCCACCCCCACUGUGCACCCUUCGACAGUGCUGGGGGGCCCCCUGUGGAGGGGGGUUGAGACCAGAGCCAGCUCGGGUCACAGGUGGGGGCAGGAGAGAAGGCCUCUCCCUCCCCAAUUUCCUAUAGUCCAGGGAAAGGGGAGGGGGGGGUCCCUCCAGGUGGCGGGGGAUGUCAGCCCCGUCAUGAAUAUGAACGAGCUCAUUAAGCUGCUGGGGUUGAGGGGGAGGGGGCGGGGGGAGGAAGUUGUUUAAUAAAAGUCCUUGCAUAUGA